GACUUUCAGACUGCAGUAUCACUGAAGAAGGUUAUAAAGCUCUGGCUUCAGCUCUGAGAUCAAACCCUUCACACCUGAUAGAGCUGGAUCUCACAGGAAAUGAUCCUGGACAAUCAGGAGUGAAGGAGCUCAAUGAUUUACUACAGGAUCCAAACUGUCAACUCAAGACACUGAGGUUUUUGGGUCCUGCUGCAGAUGAAGCCUGUCAGUAUGUGACUGGAAUUGUGGGUAAAAACCCGUUACUCCUGAGAGAACUGAAUCUGAGUGAACAUGAACUAGGAGACACACGAGUGAAUCAGAUCGCUGCUCUACUGCAGGAUAAACACUGUCAACUCAACACACUGAUUCUGAAUAACAACUGUAUCACAGAAGGAGGUUGUCAUGUUCUGGCUGCAGCUCUAAAUUCAAACCCUUCAAAUCUGACAGAGCUGGAUCUGAGUGAGAAUAAACUAGGAAACCCAGGAAUGAAGAUCAUCUUGACUCUGUUUGAAAAUGUACAGUGUAGACUGGAAAAGCUGAAACUUUCAGACUGCAGUAUCACUGAAGAAGGUUAUAAAGCUCUGGCUUCAGCUCUGAGAUCAAACCCUUCACACCUGAUAGAGCUGGAUCUCACAGGAAAUGAUCCUGGACAAUCAGGAGUGAAGGAGCUCAAUGAUUUACUACAGGAUGGACUCUGUUCAUUAAAGACCAUCAGGUUUUUGAAAAGUCCUGCUGCAGAGGAAGCGUGUGAGUAUCUCACUGGAGUUCUGGGUAAAAGUCCAUUACUACUGAAAGAACUGGAUCUGAGUGGAGAUAAAUUAGGAGAUCUGGAUGGGGAGAAACUCUCUGCUCUUUUGAUGGACUCUCAUAGCAAACUGGAGAAAAUAAUGCUGAAUAAUUGUGAGCUGACAGAGAAAAGCUGUUCAGUUCUAGCUACUGUUCUCUCCUCCAAAACAAUCCUGAAAGAGAUGAACCUGAACAACAGUCGUCUGCUGGACUCAGGAGUCAAAGAGAUCUGUGAGGGACUGAAGAAUCCUGUGUGUGAGCUGAAGAUACUGAAACUUUCAGACUGCAGUAUCACUGAAGAAGGUUAUAAAGCUCUGGCUUCAGCUCUGAGAUCAAACCCUUCACACCUGAUAGAGCUGGAUCUCACAGGAAAUGAUCCUGGACAAUCAGGAGUGAAGGAGCUCAGUGAUUUACUACAGGAUCCAAACUGUCAACUCAAGACACUGAGGUUUUUGGGUCCUGCUGCAGAUGAAGCCUGUCAGUAUGUGACUGGAAUUGUGGGUAAAAACCCGUUACUCCUGAGAGAGCUGAAUCUGAGUGGACAUGAACUAGGAGACACACGAGUGAAUCAGAUCGCUGCUCUACUGCAGGAUAAACACUGUCAACUCAACACACUGAUGCUGCGUGAUUGUGGUUUAACAGAGGAAAACUGUUCAUGUCUCGCUACAGUCCUGAGAUCAAACUCCAGUCUGAAAGAGCUUGACAUGAGCAACAAUAAUCUGCAAGAUUCAGGAGUGAAGAAACUCCAGACUGGAUUAGAAAAUACAAAAUGCACAUUGGAGAAACUCAGACUUUCAGACUGCAGUAUCACUGAAGAAGGUUAUAAAGCUCUGGCUUCAGCUCUGAGAUCAAACUCUUCACACCUGAUAGAGCUGGAUCUCACAGGAAAUGAUCCUGGACAAUCAGGAGUGAAGGAGCUCAGUGAUUUACUACAGGAUGCAAACUGUCAACUCAAGACACUGAGGUUUUUGGGUCCUGCUGCAGAUGAAGCCUGUCAGUAUGUGACCGGAAUUGUGGGUAAAAACCCAUUACUCCUGAGAAAGCUGAAUCUGAAUGGACAUAAACUAGGAGACACACGAGUGAAUCAGAUCGCUGCUCUACUGCAGGAUAAACACUGUCAACUCAACACACUGAAUCUGUGUGGAUGCAAUAUGAAAGAGAAACAGUGUCUCAUCCUGACUUCAGUUCUGAAAUCAAACCUAUCACACCUGAGAGAACUGAACCUGAGCUGGAAUGAACUAGGAGACUCUGGAGUGAAAAACCUCAGUGAUCUACUGAUGAACACACAACUCAAGCUGGAGAAACUAGUUCUGUGUGGAUGCAGUAUGACAGAGAAACAGCGUCUCAUCCUGAUUUCAGCUCUGAAAUCAAACUCAUCACACCUGAGAGAACUGAACCUGAGCAGGAAGGAACUAGGAGACUCUGUAGUGAAAAACCUCAGUGAUCUACUGAUGAACACACAAUUCAAGCUGGAGAAACUACAUCUGUAUGAUUGCAGUAUUACAGAGAAACAGUGUCUCAUCCUGACUUCAGCUCUGAAAUCAAACCCAUCACACCUGAGAGAACUGAACCUGACAGGGAAUAAACUAGGAGACUCUGGAGUGAAAAACCUCAGUGAUCUACUGAUGAACACACAAUUCAAGCUGGAGAAACUACAGUUAGUAUCAUUAUACUGUACAGCAGUGAUAGUGAGGUUAAAGAUUAUUGUUUACUUUCAUAAA